AUGUGGCCGUUCACCAGCAGUUACCCGCAAAAGUCAUUGCACGCGUUGAGAGCCCAAUACGACUUCAUCGUGGCUCCUCGACACUACGCAUCUCUUCUCCAUGCACCAUAUUUCCACCGGCAAGCACAGUAUAGUCUUCGACAGUGUUACGACGAGCGGCUCGGACGCACGUCAUCCUUGAUCACAGGAGUCGGUCUCGGCGGCACGUCGCGAAUCAAUGCCGACAUGUACACUUGCGGAGCCCCAUCUCAAUACAAUGCCUGGCACGAACAGGGCCGCAUAGGCUGGUCAUUUGACGACAUGAAGCCGUACUUCAUGAAAUCGCAGAACUGGACAGGCCCUGUUCCGCGAGAGUUCCACGGGUUGAUCGAGCAUCUUCGUGAAAUGGAUGUCCCGGUCAUCAAGCAUGCUCCAGGAGUAGGAAACCAUCUCCAAGACCAUGUUCUUGUCCAGUCAACCUACAACUUUCCGAUGCCCGAUUCCCUCAUGUCAACUUUCCGGAGUCCUAUCGCACUCGUGCGGGGACUGUACAAGUAUCUUCGAUAUGGCGUUGGGUCGUUCCUAUGCUUCCUGGUCGAAACGGAGAUUUUCAGUCUGUCGAGCGUAAUCGCUCCUGACGGAACACCUAGGGCUCUUUCAGCGGAGCAGUGGGAUCCAUUCGACCCUAGGAACGUUCCAGAUAUAUGCAUAAUGAUUUCGACAACCGGAAAUCCCAAUCGCCCCGAAGCGAACAAAUCCAGGGGAACCAUAGGCAUCGACACCGGUCUCAUGCUCCCGAGUUCUACAGGCCAGCUCUGUCUGCGCUCAAACGACCCACGAGCCAAUCCUGUAUGCGACAUGCGCUAUGCAACUUCGCCAGCGGACCGUCUCGCUCUGCGGGCUGCCCUCCGUGUCUCGGUAGCCAUUGCGAGGCAGUUGCGUGCAGACGGCUACGAAUUGGACAAUGUCAACAAUCCGGACACCUCAAGCGACGCGGCUCUGGAUGGAUACAUCGACAAGAACCACGAGACGAUGUAUCAUUACACAAGCACCUGCCGAAUGGCCCCGGAGACUGACGAACAUCCUGGAGUCGUCGAUGAACUCUGUGUCCACAGUAUACAGAAAUUGCGCAGAGCGGAUGCUAGCGUCUUUCCGAACUGCCCUGCUGCUCAUCCUCAGGCCGUCGUCUACGCGUUUGCAGAGCGAUGUGCCGACUUGAUCCUUCAGGCGGCCGCCUCUUUCGAUGCUUCCGUGGCACAGGCUGCGAGACCUGGAGACAGACAUAGGUGGUAG